AUGAUGGACUAUUCAAUUAGUGGCGGUCCGAGUUCUAGCAACAGUCAUCAUCCAUACGGCCGAAGCUUGGGACAUCAACCGAUGCCCGCCUUGGCAUUGUCCACUCCCAGCACUGUUCACAAUCAUAGCAACAAGCCCAAUGAUGAAUCUAAAGCAGUUAUCGACGAGGGCAAGAAACUUUUGGUUGGAAGUGUUAAACAAGUGGCGCGUUGGUGCCGAUUGUUAUCGUUUUUGGAACCGACCAAAAUUAUUUACCAAGUAUUCGGAGUUAUGGAUUUGGUAAAAACUGGCAGCAAUAAAUGCGAAAAAAUAUUUUGUUUGCGCAGCGAACAGAAAAAAUCUGGAAUAGUAUGUGUAUUUUAUGAAAUAGAUAGAAAAAUGCCUAAUAUAUCUAAAGGAACAUUAGUAUUAUGUACUGGUCAUGUAAAAGGAAAAAAUAAAUUGCAAGUAUUCACUAUUCGAGAAAUACACGAAGACAAAGCUUCAUUCGACAGAAUAUCUUUAGUCAGCCAUUGGACAAUUAAUGAUAUUUUAAUAUAUAAGGUCUAA